ACUGCAUUGGAACCCCAAAAUGCUUCUCAGAUCCAUAAAAGGCACCAUUCGUGAGUGCAGAAGAAGUAUACAAACGCACAUAGGCCCUCCCACACACUUCAGCUCUAAACAUGCUCCACCUAAUUAUAACGAACUCUCCAAUUCUAAUAGCAUUGAAGUGGAAGUUCAGCGAGCCCCAGAGACGCAAGAACGGCAAAAGGAACACGAAGGGGACAAGCCGAUCAGAGAGUUUUCGUCGCUAUUAGCGAUGAUGACACUCGGAUAUUUUGCUGUAGAUAACUACUUAAACCGGGUGAAGUUAGAAAAGCUAAAUAACGAAAGUACCUCCAUCAACUUGAAGACUUUACAAAUUCAACAGGCCAAUUUUGCUCAGGAGAGAAGGAAAAAAGACUUGCAACUUCUACAAGAAAGAAAGGAAACUCAGAGACAGUUGUUUAAGUUGUCGGUACAUAUUGCAAUGCUAAGAAAGCAGUUGGCAGAUCAGGGCUAUGAUCCUGUAAACAUAGACCAGGCGCUCAAGGAAUUUGAAGAUUCGGUCAAAAUCGACAAUUCCAUCAAAAACAUCAGUGGUCAGGUAUUAUGGCUAGAUAAAACGUCAGACUUACGACGGUAUUUGCCUGAUAUUCAUGAUUACGAAAAAAAGUCCAGUAAAUAGAGUCCCAAUUAAAUUACACGGUCGUGCCAGCACCACGAAACCACCCCAUUGAGGUUUUUCAUCGAUGUUCAAAAUUUUUUCUUCUUCUUAAUACAAUGUC